AUGGGUGAUUUACGCCAACUUGUUCCUGACUCGCGAGCCAAGAAGGCUCCGAGUCGUCAAUUGCGGUCCUGCAAAGUAUGCAGGCUCCGCAAAGUCAAGUGUGACCGAGUAAAGCCCUGCCACGCGUGCUGUGCCCAUGGCUACCCAUCGAAAUGCGUUUAUGACCAUGUCUCCGACGACGAAGCUCGCCCCAUCAGCCAAGCGGAGGAAAUUCGGAACCUGCGGGCGGAGAUCCGUGAACUCCGAACAAGGAUAAAUGAUGGGAAAGAUGGGUCUGAAGCCCAGGAUCUUCGGCGGCUGGACCAGCUUGAGAGCUUAUUUGACGCUAUUCGCUCUGCGCCUACCCCGGUAGUCGAUGAUCUCGUCCGGGAGAUACGGACCGCACAUGUCAGCAUCAAGAAUGACUUGGUUCCUGUAGGGCCGUGGGAGGGCCGGGAGGCUUAUGAAUCUUACGAUCAAUAUUCACGCCCUUCGUCGGCGCUAUCAAUCCGAACCCGUCGGCGACUAAAUUCUCCGGAUGAGGUCAAUAGAUCGCAAUCCGAGGAGAGUAAUGAUAGCGCCCUUGAACACAUAUCGCUGAGCAGCUCCGACUCGUCUGGCACGAUCUCGGUAAUGAGCAUGCAGGGACCAGUGGCCGAUGUGUUUGUGGAAAGGUUUGUGGACGCGUUCAGUCCCGAAGUGGACAUGAAACACGGAAGAGCGGGUGCAUUGCGCGCUGCUGCUGAGAUUCGAAUGUUUUCUCCACUUAUUUCGGAUGCAUUCGAGGCCGUUUCGGUAGCUUUCUUUGGUCGUUCGGUACAGAACAAACAGAUUGAAGCAUCUGGGUUCCGACUUUAUCCUCGCGUGCUGCGUGCAUUGCAAGAUGCGUUGGUGGAUCCUGAAAAAUGCAAAGCCGAGUCAACACUGGUGACUGUGAUUCUCUUGCUGGCUUUUGAGAGCGUUGAACGCACCACCCAGAGCGGUGUAUCUGCCCAUGUUCGAGGCGCAGUGCGCCUGAUAGAGCAUCGUGGGCCUGAAAGUCACAUGUACGGCGUAGAGCAUCUAUUGUUUACGGAACUCCGCCCCUACUGGGUUUGCGGUGCUCUUGUUGUCCGGCAAGCUUCGUUCCUAGCCCGCGAAGAAUGGAAAACAAUCCCAUGGUCCGCUGGAACGACCAGAAAGGAUAUUCUGCACCAUUUACUCGACCUGGCCGUUGAUAUUCCAGGCUUGUUAGGGCUAUCCGAUGCCUUCAAGAAGGCUCAGAUCACAUCUGUCAUGGGCACACAAGAGAUGGCCGUCAAACAGACUACGCUUUGGAACGGCAUAGGUGAGCUUACGGAUCGGUUUUAUCAAUGGUAUGACGACUUCGUUCUCGCAUCUCCGGAUGGACCGCCACAGGAAGCCGAACAAGAGGCCGACCAAGGUUUCCCAAUUUUCCAAUGUCGCAACCUCCGCACUGGAGCUACUUUCACCCCGACCCGAUUCAUAUAUCCUAACCUGCUUCUGGCACAAACGUACGAGUUGGGCUGCGGGAUCUGCCGCUCGUUGGAAUACUAUAUUCUCACUGCGCCAGGAAACAUGAUUAAUCGUCUUGCGUUCCCUACUAGGGUAGCGUGGGAAGCUUUCCCAGACGGAGGCCCCGAGCGCCGUUUCAUGGUUGAAGUGCUGCACCUGGUAGAAAGACGACACGCUCUUGGGCUUUGGGGUAGCCUUUUAGUUGAGAUCAGACCUCUGUUUAUCGUUUGGCGGCUUACCGAGGUCCUGGGCUCGGAUCUUGAGCUGGAUGAACUCGAGUUCUUCAUUUCUCAGGUGUCCCCAAAAGCCAAGGCGAUGGUUCCCUCCGUUAACUACGCUGUACUGCGUACUAUUGAUUGA